AUGGCCAACACCGUAUUGGACUACUUUCUCAAGUUGCACAUUUUCAAUCUGGAGGUGAAUAUUGCCGAUCUCGUGGAUAUGGCCGUUCAGUUCCAGCGGAUGUUUGAGCUAUCGUUAUUGCCAGAAGACAAGGCAAGACUAUACGACGUUAUCUCGGGAAAAUGCGCUUCUUUCAACAGCUACAGUCUGGAAGAUGCUAUUCUCACUCCACAAGGGGAAUACAGGCGAUUGAAUGAGUUCUUCAAGAACUACUCACCAAACGAUACGUAUUACUUCGACGAGAUACACAUCAAUGUCGGAUCGAAGAACUUCACGGUCUCUGUCUCGGGAAAUCUUUCUGCCUCUGGCUUCUUAGAUCCGCUUGUAGUCUCCAAUUUACCUCUGAAAAGCUUCAAUUACUACCCUACAGGGUUGUUGAACUCGACACAUUUACAUGCGUACUUGGCCCGUAUCAACCUCCAAAUGAGACUUCGUGGCCAGAAGAUCCUUUUGGUACUCCACAACAACGUAGUCGUAGACAGUCGCCAGUUCUCCAAUAUAGAAUUGUUGUACAUCAGCCCAGAAGUAGACAAGUACUUCCAGAAUAAUCCAGACAAUUGCAUUAAGUUUCCCGACGAAUAUGGACUAAAGUCGUGGAUUAGAUCCCACAUCAUCGACCGGUUGUCGAAGUUGAAGACUUUCGAUAAUCCACUGCUAUUGAUCAACUCCAUAUUGUACUCAUAUAGCACUUGCAUCUCCAAACUCUUACACGAUCCUCUAUAUUUCCAGUUCAACCAGUUGAACUUGAUGUCUUCGAACUUUAUGGGAAACAACAUGCCUGCCCCUUACUAUGUAAAUGAAAACAUCAAGAUAACGGAUGGUAACCUCAUAGUCAUGGAUGAAGCCCCUGAAAUAGGCCAAUACUCGGCCAGAGAAGACAAUUUUAAAAAGCUCAACAAUUACAAUUACAACGUAAAAGAUAUCUACUUCAUUCUUUCAAGUCUUUUACUGUAUCAAAAUUCUGAUAUCGGCCAUGAUUACGGUUUUGAUGCUAAAGAAAUAAUGGACUUCCUCGUGCAAAAAGUACAUCCUUUCUUGAUACAGAGAGAGUUCCCCUUUGUUGGCCAUUUCCAUCGCUUUUUGGAUGAAUUCAUUAACGAGUAUGCUAGAAUAGGUGCUUCAGACGAUACAGAUGAAACUGAUAAUGCAUUUAGCGUGUCGGAGAAAUUCCAUCUUGGUCCAUUGCAAGAAGCAGCCAGAAUUGAGAAAAUUUUGGUAUCUGCUUUUGAUCAGGAUGGUGACAACUUAGCCUCGAUGCUGUUUCCUCACAUAGAUUCUAUUGAAGUGGCCAAUUCUGAAGCAUCCUUCUUGAAGGCUUCUGCUCGUAACCUUUCCAAUGGAAAUAGUUUGCCUUUACCAACUUUAGACGAGUAUGAUAUGUUCACUCCAAAGAAAAGAAGAAGCCUGACAAAUUCAAUUCCUACCAUCAAGAAGUCAAAGAUCAUUGAAAUAAUGAAAAAAGACAAGUUGAGUUUUGUGAACUCCGCUCAGGGCUCUGUUUUUUCAGACGACUCUGAUUAUUCAGAAGAUUCAUUUUCUAGCAAGAUAAAGCAAUUCAAAGACAAGGUGGAUUCAAAUGGACUGGUACUUAGUCAAAAUGGAAACGGUAAAGUCGUUGAAGAGAACGAUGCAAAUGCUUAUGAGAACGAAAAAUCAGGAGAUGAAGAUGAAGAGUCUCUGGAAGAAGAGAACGAUUCUGCGAAAGAAGAAGAACGUAAAGAUGAUGAUCGUGAAGAGUAUUACAUGCACCGAGAACUAAUCAACCCUGUAGGCGGUGAUGAGAAUGGGGACAUUGAAGAAGAAGUAUAUGGUCAAGAUGAUGACAUUGAAAUGGAAAAGGUGCAACAAGAAGAAACAAUCAGUAUACAACCAGAAGCGAAAGCAUCCUCUAUUCAGAUGGAAGUUGAGCCAAAUAGCACUGAAGAAUCGUCUAACUCAGAUAGCAACAGUUCUUCCGAUAGCAAUGAAGUUGCAGACUCAAAUAAUGGAGAGAAAACAUAUAUUAAGGAAGCCCAUAUGAAUGAACCUACUUCUAGGGAAGACAAUCCUAGCGAUAGUUCCGAAUCUCAAUCUUCAGAUUCCAGUGAAUCAGAUGCAGAAGACAGCGCAGAAGAAGAAGAAACACACCCAGAGUCAAAUUCUAAAGUUCCAUUAUCUUCUUCAACAAUAUCUCCAUCUCAACUUCCAAUUCCAGUUCCGAAUCCAGUUCCGGCUCCAGUCAAGACGAGCUCAAUUUCUGCAACUCCUUCAACGCAGAUUAAGUUACCAAGGAGGUCAUUGGGAACUUUAUCUUCGUUGGUUCCGCCUAAAUCUACAGUUGAAUCCAAAGAUACGCCUAAGACAAAUUCUGAUAGGUCCAAAUUCAAGGGAAAGCUUGAUUUCAGUUCAGAUGACUCUUUUUCUUCUGUAGACAGCGAUAGUUCAGAUGAGUCUAAUGAUGAUAGAAACGUAUCACAGCUAGCACAAGUUAAAGUUACGUCAACCAAAGCUGUACCAAAGACAGAUUCUACAAAAUCAACAACUAUUACAAAUACAAUACGUUCAAAACCUUCUUCUAUUCCAGCAAAUUCAACAGCCCUUACGAAACAUAUAUCUACGAAGGCUGUACUUUCUAAACCAGUUCUGCCGUUGUUAAAAAAGGUAUUAGAUGCGGGACUGAGUCGUGAUCCAAAAUUGGCACCAUCGGCAAUUCUUGAACAUGUUUCCAAGCCUAAAGAAAAGAGAAUAAACCCAAGUCAAUUAAAGAGUAUUGAAAGAAGACAAUAUGAUUCUUCGUCAGAGGACGAAAUGUCGGAUCCUAUAAACGAAAGCUCUGACGAAUCGGAAGACGAACUCUUUGGUACUCUGCCGAAUGUUUCUACUCUGACUCAACGUACGCAAACACAAAAUCUGACUCAAAUUCAGAUUCAAACAUCGAAUUCUACUACAAAAUCUCCUGUUAGGAAACCAGGCAGUCCAUUACAAUUUAGCUUUGAUAGAAAUUCUCCUGGUCAAAGUGCAUUAUCACCUCGUGAAAAGUUACAAUUCUCGUCACAGUCGACUCCAGCAUCGGCUGGAAAAGGUAGACCUACAAUUCUAUCAAUGAAGUUGAAGGAACUCGAAGCACGCCAAGCAAGUCCAUCGAAGAAAGAAAUACCUAAAAAGGGCCAAAGGCAAACCUCUCAAGCAAAGGAAAGGCAAUUAUCGGCAUCUGAUUCUGAUAGCAGCUCUGAAGACUCAGACGAUUCGAUCGGAUUCUAA